GUGACUAGAUUCCAAAUUGCACAUCUGAUGGAUAAGAAAAUCCUGUGUGCAUAGCCCACGAAGCUUCUGCUUUUACUUCUCUGACUGUAUCUUUCAGAAAGCAUGAAACCCUUUUUUUCCAGGGUCUUCUGGUCUUGGAUCAGGUACCUGAACACCAUAGCAUCGAACAGUGGACUUCCAAGGAACCCAGGAAGAGACCAUUGAGCAGAGGCCCAGAGGAACACAAGGAAGUAGGGAACGGGAUGAAAAGUGAGGACGAGAUCAAGGUCUUUCAGUGGAAGGACCAGACACAAAGGGAGCAGAAUAUGACUGCGCCAGGCGAAUGCCACAAGGUUUCAAAUCCUUCCUGUCAUCUCGUUCUGAAGAAUCUCAAAAGGGAAGAGCCAAUUGCAACCGAGUACACGUUUGAGAAUAACGUGCCAGGAUUCCAAGGCCACCCAAGCCGCCGGGAAACCGGAGGACCCCAAGCCCUGCUGGAGAAGAAGCCCCACGAAUGCCCGGCCUGCGAGAAAAACUUCCGCCGGUUUUCCACCCUGGUUACCCACCAGCGCAUCCACACUGGGGAGAGGCCUUACCAGUGCCGCCAGUGCGGCAAGAGCUUCAGCCAGAGCUCCAACCAUUUCCGGCACGAGAAAAUCCACACGGGCGAGAGGCUCCACAGCUGCCCCGAGUGCGGGAAGUGCUUCUGCUUCGCCUCGGACGUUGCCAAACACCAGAAAGUCCACCGGGCAGGGAGGUCCCUGAUGUGCUCCGUGUGUGGGAGAGGUUUCAGGGGCUGCACGACCCUCGCCCGGCACCAGCGCACUCACUCGAGUGCCAGGCCUUACGAGUGCCCCGAUUGCAGCAAAGGCUUCUGGUUUAAUUGCUUCCUCCUGGCUCACCGGAGGACGCACACAGGAGAGAAGCCGCAUAGGUGUGCUUCGUGUGGGAAAAGCUUCAGCUCGCGCUAGGCCCUCUAUGCUCACCGCCGGGGCCAUACCGACGAGAAGCCCUUUAAGUGUCCGGACUGCGGGAAGGGCUUUGGCCAGAAUUUGACCCUGAAGACGCACCAGAGAGUUCAUACGAAUGAGAAGCCCUACCGGUGCUCAGACUGUGGGAAAGGCUUCGGACAGCACUCCACCCUUCUGAAACAUUGGAUAAUCCACACCGGGUAUAAGCCUUACCUGUGUGGCGAAUGCGAAAAGAUCUUCAAUCGCAGUUCCGCCCUUUUGGCCCACAAAAGGAUCCACACAGGGGAGAAGCCGUUUGCAUGUCCUGACUGUGGGAAAAGCUUCACUCAAAACGGGCAUCUGAUUCGACACCGGACGGUCCAUGCCAAAGAUGUGGGAGCCCGCUAAACUAAGGCUGCGCAGAGACCAGAAAUGAAUCCAGUUCUCGCUAAGGGCUGAAGAUGCUUGAUCUGGAUGGCUGGUCCAGCAGCUGUAGUAAUAAUAAUAAUAAUAAUAAUAAUAAUAAUAAUAAUAAUAAUAAUAAUUCUUUUAUUAUUUGUACCCCAGCCAUCUGACUGUGUUGUCCCAGCCGCACUAGGCAGCUUCCAACAAGUAUAUAGUGGUACCUCGGGUUAAGUACUUAAUUCGUUCCAGAGGUCCGUUCUUAACCUGAAACUGUUCUUAACCUGAAGCACCACUUUAGCUAAUGGGGCCUCGCACCGCCGGAGCACGAUUUCUGUUCUCAUCCUGAAGCAAAGUUCUUAACCCGAAGUACUAUUUCUGGGUUAGCGGAGUCUGUAAUCUGAAGCGUAUGUAACCUGAAGCGUAUGUAACCCGAGGUACCACUGUAAAAGCAUAAUAAAACAUCAAACAUUGACAACUUCCCUUCACAGGGCUGCCUUCAGAGGGUUCCACAGGGUGGGUGCCACUAGUGAGAAGGACCUCUGCCUGUACAAGCACUGAGGGUAGCCUGAAUGGUUAGAGCGUAGCGCUGAUAACACCAAGGUUGCAGGUUCAAUUCCCAUUUGGGACAGCUGCAUUGCAGAGGGUUGAAAUAGAGGGCCCCUUCCAGCUCGAUGAUUCUACAACUCCUGCUCUUGGAGGUACAUGGGGACAGCUUAAGCUGAAAAACUAUUUUUGUUUGGACUGCGUGGGGGCAUUUAAAAAAAUAAUAAUUGGGAGGAGUGGCUUGGUAGGUUUGCAAGCUGCUGGGAACUGGUGCCUCUGCAGAGUGGGUGAUAGGAAGAGGGAAACACCCCCCCAAUAUACACACUAAUUGUGGAUACUAGUGCCUGUGA